AUGGCGAUACUGCUGAGAAGAUUACCGAUGUUAAAUCCUAAUUUUCUCUCCCUAGUCCUUACUCUGUCUCUUCUUGUCGCGAUUUCAUCUGCGGGAGUCAUCUUCGAAGAGCGCUUCGAAGAUGGAUGGGAGAAUCGAUGGGUCAAAUCCGACUGGAAGAAAGAUGAGAACAUGGCUGGUGAGUGGAAUUACACCUCUGGCAAAUGGAAUGGAGACGCUAACAACAAAGGCAUCCAGACCAGUGAAGACUACAGGUUCUAUGCCAUAUCUGCUGAGUUUCCUGAAUUCAGCAACAAGGAUAAAACCUUAGUUUUUCAAUUCUCCGUCAAACAUGAGCAGAAGCUCGACUGUGGUGGUGGAUACAUGAAAUUGCUCAGUGGUGAAGCGGAUCAGAAGAAAUUUGGUGGUGACACUCCAUACAGCAUCAUGUUUGGACCAGAUAUUUGUGGUUACAGCACCAAGAAAGUCCACGCAAUUCUAACAUACAAUGAUACAAAUCAUCUGAUCAAGAAAGAAGUCCCAUACAAUGUGGAGAAGCAGUCUGGUAGCUUGUACUCAGAUUGGGAUCUUCUCCCACCAAAGCAGAUCAAGGAUCCCGAGGCAAAGAAGCCCGAAGAUUGGGAUGAUAAGGAAUACAUUCCUGACCCUGAAGACAAGAAGCCAGAGGGUUAUGAUGACAUCCCAAAGGAGAUUACAGAUCCUGAUGCCAAAAAGCCUGAGGACUGGGAUGAUGAGGAGGAUGGUGAGUGGACUGCGCCAACCGUUCCCAACCCUGAGUAUAAGGGCCCAUGGAAGCCAAAGAAAAUCAAGAACCCCAACUACAAAGGCAAAUGGAAGGCACCAAUGAUUGAUAACCCUGACUUCAAAGAUGACCCAGAUAUCUAUGUUUACCCGAAGUUGAAGUAUGUAGGAGUUGAGUUGUGGCAGGUGAAAUCUGGAACACUGUUCGACAAUGUCUUGGUAUGUGAUGAUCCUGAGUAUGCUAAGCAGCUAGCUGAAGAAACAUGGGGCAAGCAAAAAGAUGCUGAGAAGGCUGCAUUUGACGAGGCAGAAAAGAAGAGAGAGGAGGAGGAAUCGAAGGGUGAUCCAGUUGAUUCUGAUUCUGAGGAUGGAGAUGAUGAUGCUGAUGAUGCAGAAGGCAACGAUACCGAUGACGACUCCAAAUCAGACUCAGCAGAAGAUGAAGCCACCUCAGUGGAUCAUGAUGCACAUGAUGAACUAUGA